AUGGCGGGGUCACAUCUAGAUGGCAUGGAAGCAGAGGCGUUCGAACGACCAACAAACAUCACUACAAUUCCUCAAACACCAGUCCAAAGCUACAUUCAGGAGACGCUAGCAGCAAUCCUCGAUGAACUGUCCUCCCCUGAAGGCCAACCGUCCAUUACUCUAAAACAGAGAGGCAAAAAGUUCGCAUCAUUAUUCAUCAAUCCAGAGACACUGGCCCUGGAGACCUCCGAGAUGCAGAGAUACACCACCUACAGAUGGCCCGGCAGAGAUGAGAACGAAGCCUGGAGAUUCUCUGUCGCCUUACGAGUCCUCGCUGCCAUUGCAGAGGCAGUUCAGGAGGGGUUGGUGGUAUCCAAGAGAGACAUAUAUUACAGCGACCCCGCCUGUUUUGGCACCCAGAGAACUGUCGAUACCCUCGUUGAUGACUUGGCUCACACAAUGGGGGUGGAUCGUACUGCUUUAUAUGUGGAAGCAGCAGCAAAAGGACUCGUUAUGGGCUACUAUCAGAUAAUUACUAGAAGCGGCGCAGUGGUGGAUGUGCGAUUAUCAAACCAGGAUACUCUAGUACCUAGAACGCAAGACGUUCACAAGAUAGAUCUCGCAGAUGUUGCGUGGGCCGUAUACCGUCGACUUGCGAGCAGCAGCUAUCAUCUCCAAUCUGCAGCAGGCAAGGGUAUCCUCAUCACCGUACGUCCCAAUCCCCCCGUUACAUUUCAAGAGACAUACCAACAAUUACAGGGGAAAGGAUAUCCCGACCUCAACACUCGGGCAUUCGUCCGAAAGCUCCUCGACCACAGCCGCCAACUCACCAAACGACCGCAGUUCUACGCCUUAGUUGACGGAGACCCCGACGGAAUGGCCAUUAUGGCCACAUACCAGUACGGCUCUGUGGCUUUUGCACAUGAAAAUCGGAACUUGAAUGUCCCAGGUCUCCACUGGCUGGGACUGAGAAUAACGGAUGUGGUUGCAGGCGCUGAUCCGCUAGAAGAUAACACGCUAAUCCGUCUCACAAAGAGAGAUAGGAAGAAGGUCGUCGCUAUGCUGUCCAGGAAUCCUAUCUGGGCGGCCGAUGGCCCGGAGCCGGAAUGGCGAGUCGAGCUGCAGCGGAUGCUCAUGCUGAAUGUCAAGGCAGAGACGGAGAUCCUAUAUGACAUGGAGGGAGGGUUGAUCCGAUGGUUGGAUCGGAAGCUGAGCAGUGGGUAG